UUAAAAGAAUUUCUUGCUAGGCAAAUAAGUUUCGGGAAAAAUUUAACACAAAAGAUAUAAAAGUCUGAAGCAACUUUAAUUUUAAAGAAAAUUAAAUUAAAAUAAUAUAACGGGAAUAUCGGCAACAUUGUAUGCACAACGCAGUACAAAAACCGUUACAAUUGGUACAAAACUGUUUAAAUAUUGUUUUAUACCUUUUCAAAUAGUUUGUUAGUGUGGAUGUGUAUUUCUUUACAAUAACAAUUCAUUUUAUUUUAAUUCAUCUAUUUAAAAUUAGAAAAUGGACGGAUUUGUAAAUGUAGCAGUUCGAAUACGACCUACUUUUAAAAAUAAUUUUUGUUCAACUAUUAAGUUAAUAAGCGAAAAUCCAUGGACAUUACAAAUAGACGAAAGGUCUCAAUAUACUGUAGAUCGAAUUUUCACCGAGGAUACGGGACAGUUAGAAAUUUAUAAUGUAAUUGUUAGACCUCUUAUUGAAAAAGUACGAUUGGGCUAUAAUUCGACAGUAUUUGCUUAUGGUCAAACAGGUACAGGAAAAACCUAUACAAUGGGAAGUAAUCCUGAAGCUUAUGAAACUGAUGAACCUGGUUUUAUAUUGUGUUCGAUUAGUAAUUUUAUAGAAAAUCUAAGUGAUAAUACUGAAAUUUAUAUUUCUUUUUUUGAAAUUUAUAAUGAGAAAAUUUAUGAUCUGUUAAGUACAAACAAAAAAAUGCUUCCAAUUAAAGGAAUUCAAGACCUAAUGAAAGAAAAGUUAAUUGACCUGGCACAGGCUAAGUCUAUAUUACGAAGAGGCAGUGCUAAUCGACAUGUGGGUGAAACUAAACAAAACAGUAAAAGCUCCAGAUCGCAUGCAAUCCUCACUAUCCAUUUUUCAUCAUGCUACCAGGAUACAAAUAUUUCUGCAAAACUAAACUUAGUUGAUCUGGCUGGUUCAGAAAGUGUUAAGAAAACUGGUAAUCAAGGUUAUCAAUUUCAAGAGGGUGUUAAUAUUAACAAAGGUCUUCUCUCAAUUGGAAGGGUGGUCAAUGCUUUAGCUACAAAUGUGUCUUUCAUACCAUACAGGGAAUCAAAGAUUACAACAAUUUUACAAGAUUCAUUAAAUAGAAAUAAUUAUGUGACGCUUAUUGCAUGCAUUAGCCCGAAUCCUGAUGAUAUUCGAGAAACAAUACAGACUAUGGAAUUUACACAGGAAACUAAAAAAAUUAAACAUAGGCCAGAAUUUACAAGCUUGUUAAGUACUCAAAAGAAAAAAAGCGUUUACAGAUCAUCAAAAAGACACAUUCCUCAAAACAUUUUUGAGAUUGUCUCAAAGAAACCAAAAUUGGUUGAUAUGGCUUGUUCUCCUAUAAAACCACUCAAAAAGAAGUUUAUUGCUAUUGAUGAAUUCAACUCAUCUAUUAGUGUUUUGUCAGAGAUUAAUUUCAAUGUUAGCAAGGCAGAUAUCAGUCCAAUAAUUGUAAAACAUGUUGAAAAGGAACUUUCAAAAUUCAAAGAAAAAUCCAGCCAAAGUAUAAAUAGUGGGGGUGGCGAAGCAGAUUUUUCAGCAAAUGAGAACAUGUUUCAAUCAACUAUGAUUGAAAAUAGUAGAUGUCCUACGCCAAAUGAAAAUAAUAAUUCUCAAAAACUGAUCAUAUCUCUUGUGAAUUCAAUAAAAACAUCGGCAGAAAUAAAAACACCAUCAAACAGGUUUUCAUGGAGGAAGCUGGAAGCUCUUAUAGCUCAAACAGUUCGCAACGAAAUAUUACAAUUUACUAAUCGUAAACCAAUAGCCUGCAAUAGUCCCAUUCAUGUUCAUCAGCCAAAAAAAAUUGAUUUUCAAAUGAAAGAAAAUGCCAAAGAAAAUUUUCCAUUUAAAAUUCCUGCAGUUCCUAGCGAAACGAAAAGUAACAUUAAAUAUCGGGGAAGUCUUCAAACGAAAACCAAAAAAGACAACGAUUUAACGUUUAAUACCCCAAGAACCUUAGAUAAGUUUGUGGAAGGUGAACUGAAUGGUUCUCAGUCAAUUUAUAACGAAUCUUCACGGAUUUCGGAAAAAGCAGAAAAAAUACCCACAAGAAGAAGUGAAAGAAUACUUUCGAAAGCGUUGGCGAAUAAUGAACGGUCCCUUCGAGUGUUGAAUGGUAAUAAAGGUUACGGUCCGCUGGAGGAAUUUAAUAUUGUAGAAAAAACGAAAACUAACAAAAAAAGUAAUCGUCAAAUUUGUAAAAAGUGCGAUAAAAUCGAUAAAGAAAAUUUCUUCAAUGACACUGUCAAUAGUCCUAAGACUUCCAAUAAAAACUAUAUUCUUCACAUAUUAAAUAAUGGUAGCGAAGCUGAACUGCAAAAACUUGCCACAAUUGGAUCAAAAACAGCAACAAAAAUUUACAUGUACAGGAAAAUUAAUGGACAAUUUAAUGAUAUCACCGAUAUACAAAACACGACCGGUAUUUGGCGUGGAAAAGGUUUCUCACGAUUUUUGAAAGAAAAUUUUAUUGAAUAAAAACAAAAAUGAAUACUAAACAACUGUAAAUAUUUUGUCUGAAGAGUUUUUAUUUUCACUGAAUAAUAGACCAAAGUUCUGCAUGCCCAAGGG